GGGGCCGGGGAAGUAUAUAAUGAGAUGGCUCCUUCGAGAAGGAAUCUCUGCGAUUUUGCAAAUCAUACAUACUUAAUAUCUUCAUAACUCUUUAACUAUCAACAUGUCUUACAACCAAGGAGGGUACGGCCAACAAGGUGGAUACGGCCAACAAGGCGGUUAUGGCCAGCAAGGUGGUUAUGGUCAGCAACAACAGCCCCAUGGCGAGGCUAGCGAAUACUACAACCAAGGUCAGAACAACGGCUAUGGCCAGCAGCAGCAGUAUGGCGGUGGCCAGGGAGGAUACGGGCAGGACCCUUCUCAAUACCAGCAGUACCCCAGUACAGCAGCACACUCGUCCAACUCGGGACGCAACUCGCACAAUCAAGGCUUCCAGAACCAGUACAACGGUGAGGGUGACCCAGAAGGUGACCGCGGUAUCAUGGGCGGCCUCGCCGGUGGUGCUGCCGGUGCGUACGGUGGACACAAGCUAGGAGGUCAGGCAGGCCAUGGCACCGCAGGCACUAUCCUCGGCGCCUUGACUGGUGCCUUUGCAGGAUCCAAGACUCAAGACGCAGUUGGCGAUUGGAAGGAUGAGCACGCCGAGAAGAAGAAGUGGGAGAAAGAACAGGAGGAGCGUCAGAAGCGCGAGAAGUACAACCAGCAGCACUAUGGUGGCCCACCACCUCGCCGUCGUCGCGGUAGUAGCUGCUCGCGUUCCCGUUCCCGCUCGCGUUCCCGUUCUCGUUCCCAUUCUCGUUCUCGUUCUCGUUCCCAUUCCCGUUCCAGAGGUAUCGAUCGUUCCCGAGGUGACGAGCGUAUCCGAGGUGACUUCGGUGGUAACUUCACUACUUCAUCCAAUGAUGUUCGCCUCGACUCUCACGGAGACUACAAUUUGCACGCUCAGUGCCGUCGCACGGAUGGCUCUUACCAAUCUAGCACCAUUAGUCUGAACCGAUACAUCGAGAACGACAACGGCAGCUUGCGCUGGUCUUCCGGCGGCGGCGGCCACGGCGGCUCGACAUACACUGUCCAACAGGGCGACACACUCCGAGCUAUUGCCGACCGCUUCUCACACUGCUCGUACGAAGAACUUGCUAGACAUAACAACAUCAACAACCCCGACCAGAUCUGGCCCGGUCAGAACUUGCGGGUUCCUGGUGGAGGCGGCCACGGCGGCGGCGGCAACUUCGGUGCAUCGGCGAGAAACGUAAGAUUGUCGCGUAGCGGACAAGAGCUCGAGGCUGAGCUUGCUCCAUCAUGGCACACCAGUACUCUGAACUUGGACGAGAGAAUUGGAAACAACAAUGGAUGCUUGCAAUUUGUCUAGACUGACAUGUGCAAGUAUAUUUGAUAGGAUGGGUGAAACGCUAGACGUUGCGAAAGAGCUUCAAUAACUACAUUCAAUACUUACUUUACAUUGCAAAUCGUAAUCAGAAAGUUAUACAACCAAUUCAUGUAUUCUGCGA